AUGUCUAAAAGAAAAGCUACUGUUCAAAUCAAUAGGGAUCAUAAGGGUUAUGAUUCUGAUGAUGGUGGUAAUUCAAUUCUUCCAGGAAUAGCCUCCAACGAAAUCUUGUCAAAGAGAAAAAUCUUGCAACCCAGAUCAAACAGAUCACUACAAUCAGGGGCAACCAGUAUAUCUUCUUCUCCAAUUUCCUCCUUCACCACUCAAAUCAAUUCAAAUCAAAACAGUACCAGUACUAAUGCUACUGCUACUGCUGCUGCCUCCACCUCCACUACCACCACCACUACUACUGCCACUACCUCACUAUUCACCUCAAAAAGCUCCCUGGCCUCAUCUUCCAUCCCUCAAUCUAGUCUUGAUCCGCCAAAGAAACCCAAUCCUUUUGCUAUAUUUUCUACUGAUUCUCCCAAAUUUAGUGCCUCUGAUAAUAAUUUACCAAAAAAGCAAAAGCCUUUUGCUAUUUUUUCUCCAAUUAACAACAACAAAAUUUCCAAUAAGAAUUUUACUCACAAAUCCACCUCUAAUGAUAACAACGAUUCCAAUAUCAAUAACGCUAAUACUACAGAUUCUACUAAUAAAAAUAUACAUUCCAACCUCAAAUCGUCACUCAAUGAAAACAAUAACAGCAACAACAAUAACAAUAACAACUCCUUUAAUCUACAAUCUUUAGAAAACCAAACCUCAUCUUCAGAAAACCCCCAAAAGAGCCCAUUUUCAAUGAAACCACUAGUAACUUCUGCUUCUUCUCUAAUCUUUAAUAAUAAUUCUAAAAAUAACAAUAUUAUUAAGAAAAAAGAUGAUGAAAACGAAAUCGCUACCCAGAUCAAAGCCCUCAACGACAAAUUCGUUGAAACUUUGGUCAUAUCUUCAAAAGAUGCUCCCUUGGCUAACUUGACUACCUACUGUGAAAAAUAUAUCAAAUACUAUAACGAUGUUAAAAAGGGCAAAGUGCUCUUGAAUUCAAACCCAAAUACAAUUUUAAAUUCAAUUCAAAAUUCAAUCAACAAUCAAAAUAAUCAAAAAUCCAUCAACAACAACAACAAUAAUAAUAAUAAUAAUAAUAAUAAUAAUAAUAAACUCCACCUAACUUCAAAUAAUAACGAAUCUAAAAAUCAAAAUAAUAACGAAAAUAACAACAACAACUCAACUGCCCUCACCUCAUUAACUAACACUCAAUCAACUUCGACUAAAAUUCCUUCCUCCGUUUUCAAUAGCGACACCACAAAGUCUAUUUUCCCUAAAAUACAAAAUAAAAUAAUACUAAACAAAAAAGAAGACCCUAAACCUGCCUUUAAAUUUCAAUACAACCCACCAAAUAAUAACGACAAUACUAACACCAAUAACACUACUAAUAAACCAUUUUCCUUAAAUUUCAAUAAAAACCCUACACCAUCCACAUUCUCAUUAAAUAAAGAUAGCUCAUCAAAUACUAAAAACCAAGAAAGUAUUUUUAACGUCCCCAAAUCUUCUUUUAAUUUCAAUUUUCCAAAUAAUAAAAAUACUGACAAUAACAACAGCAGCAACAACAACAACACUGAUACCAAUACUAACAAAUCAACCGAUUCAAAAAAAUCUUCACCAAUAUUUCCUACAAAAGACUUCACCUUUAACGUUAAUAAAGAAAUAAAAUUUUCUGGCUUCACUCCCUCAAAAAAUGAAAAGACCAACUCAGUUACUACUUCUACUAUUAACAACCCUUUUCCCUCAACUACUUCUUCAAAUAUUACAGAACAAACUCCUCAAAGCGAUAACCCCAAAAAUGAAAAUCAAAAACGAACAUCAGGUUUCGUUUUCAAAGCUCCAGAAAACAAAAAAUUCAAACCUAUUUUCAGUUUCCAACCUAAAAAAUUAUCUAAAGAAGAACAAGAAGAGGAACAAGAAGCCAAAAAGGGUCCUGCCUUUACAUUUGACAAAAAGAGCAUCGAAGUUAAAAAUCCAGUUUUCAAAUUUAAUACUGUUGAAAAGAAAAAUAAUAAUGAAGCUAAGUCUUCAACAUCUACUUUUGGUGGUUUUAAACCUGAGCUUUCUAAUAAAGAAGAUCAAAAAUCAAUUUUCUCAUUUGGUACGAAACCAAACCCAUUUUCCUUUGGUUCUAACAAUAAUAACAACAAUAACAAUACUAAUACUAAUACUAAUUUCAAUAAUAAAAAUGAAGAAAAAACACAAACGCCAAGUAGUUCAGUUUUUACAUUUUCAGCUCCAUCAAAUUCAACCAAUACUAAUAAAUUCAACUUUUCAUUUACUCCAGGAAACACUCCAACUACAGCUACUGGUUUAAAAUUUUCUUUUAAUCCACUUAGUUCCUCUUCAACAUCGACAUCGAUUGCAAACAAUGAACAAAAGAAUGAAAAAUCUGCAAAUACACCAAUAAGUGAUAAUAAUAACAAUAAUAACAAUAACAACAACAGCAAAAACGAAGAGAUAAUCAUUCCAGCUGGGGAAGAAAACCAAGAUGUUAAAUACAAUCAAAAAUGCAAAUUAUUAUUAUUCAAUAAAGAAGAACAGAAAUUCGAUAGUAAAGGUUUGGGUUUGCUUAAGAUAUUAUAUGAUUCCGAAAAGAAGAAAGCGAGAUUCAUAUUAAGAUCUGAAGGGUCUGAAAGAGUUUUGUAUAAUAAUUUCAUUAACAAAGAUAUCAAAUAUGAAAAAGUUAAUAAGUUUGUUAAAGUGCCUACACCAUUUAUUGACGAUAGUGGUAAAAGUGCAUUAGCUAUAUAUAUGUUUAGAGUUAAAGAAAUUGAUGCAUUGAUGAACUCUAUUAAUGAAGUUAAAGAAAUGAUUUAA